GAUUGCUAAUGAACAAUGACUUGCGAAGAAGAAUAUUUUUGAUAUGUUUCUUUUUCUUGAUUGCUUAUGUACAAUGACUUGCGGUAAAUAUGUUUUUGUGUAAAGACAAUACAUUUUCAAGAUUGUCUAAAACGCAAUAACUGAUAUUUCUGUUUAUUGAAAAGACUUUACACCAAACCAUGUUUUGCUAUUUUUCAACGCCCUCCUUUCUUCUUUCAUAAAUUAACUCAAACUAGUAUACAAAUGUCGCUUCUUUAUUAUCAAUAAAUUGGUUUUAUAACCUAAGGACCUAAUUUAUGUUAUUGCGAUAAUAAUCUUUACAUAAAUAUUGUUUUUUUAAACGUGUCUGAAGAUGGUAUAGUUAUUUUGAAAGUCGAACAAACUUUGUUGUAUUUAUUAGAUAAACUAAUUCUCUAGGGUAUGUUAAGCUACGAAGUGACGUCUUGUUGAAUUAUAUAAAUUGGCUAAUAAAGUUUUAACCAUAAUAUCUGGAGUUUUAACUGGUCACUUGCAUGGUCGUGUGAUUAGAGUAGUGUACAUAUAAUUUCAAAUAGUAUGAUCUCUUAAAAAAUGAACCGUUGUAAGAUAGUAAAUGGUAUACACAAAGGAGUACUAAUUUGUUUGGUUUUGUUGUUGUAUUUUCUGUCAUACAUAUCUAUUGCGCCAGAUAAACGCUUGCCCGUUGUACUAAACAACACUGAACGUACAAGAUCUUAUAAUAAACGUAUAAAUAUACAAACAAGUACAUAUGCAACUAAUUUGAAAACUUCUAUAUCAGUAAGUACUUCAGCAAUUUCUUACAGCAGCAAAAGUCGUACGAUAAUCGAAGAUGAUCGCAUGAUAAACGAAAAGGAACACAUGAAAAACGAAGACCAUAUGGAAAACAAAAAGAAUCACUUCAUAAACAAUGAGGAUAAUGUGCCAAACGAAGAAGAUAACGUGAUAAAAGAAGAUGACCGUAUGGGAAACUACGAUAAUCACGUGAUAAACAAGGAGAAUCGCUUGCCAAACAAAGAAAAUCACGUGAUAAGCGAAGAUGACCAUUUUGAAAACGAAGAGGAACACGUGAUAUACGAAGAUGACCCUAUGAAAAACGAAGAGAAUCACGUGAUAAACAAAAAGAAUCACGUGGCAAACGAAGAAAAUCGCGUGAUAAAUGGAAAUAAAUAUAUGGAAAACGUAGAUAAUCAUGUGAUAAACGAAGAUGAUCAUAUGAAAAGCGAAGAGAAUCACGUGAUAAACAAGGAGAAUCACUUGCCAAACCACGAAAAUCACGUAAUAAGCGGAGAUGACUAUAUGGAAAACGAAGAUCGCGUGAUAAACGAAGAUAACUAUAUGAAAAACGAAGAGAAACACGUGAUAAAUAAAGAGAAUCGCUUGCAAAACGAAAAGGAUCACGCGAUAAACGAAAAGGAUCAAAUAGAAAACGAAAAAGAUCGCAUGGUGAACGAAAAAGAUAACCCUUUGUACCAAGAUAGUCGCAUGGUAAAUGCAGAGGAUAAUAAAAUAAACGAAAAUAAAAACAGUAAAAUGAAAGAAGACAAAAUGUUGAAUAAAAACGUUUACGCGUUAAACGAAGAGGAGCGAAUAAUAAACGAAAGAUACUUUGGAGAAAACACAAAUCGGAAAAUAAUUGGCUGCAAGGAACUUUUCAAAAGAGAAAUGUCGGGAGCAAACAGAGUUCGAAAAAUUGUCACUCAGGGUUUACCAUCUUGGACACCCCAAAAAUAUGAAGAAAAGACUAAAAAUUGUUCAUCUUUUAUCGAUGAAAGAGGGUAUAUAACACAUCCUUUGACAACAGAAGAACAACAGUUUCCCAUCGCGUUUAGCAUUUUAAUGUAUAAAAAUGUCGAACAAGUUGAACGUCUUUUACGUGCAAUAUAUAGGCCACAAAAUAUUUACUGUAUACAUGUGGAUUCAAAAACUAAUAUUGAAAUAUAUGGAGCGUUGUCAGGGAUUUCACAGUGUUUUGAGAAUGUUUUCGUUUUACGCAAAAGAAUAAAUGUCAUAUGGGGUAAGAUGUCCGUACUGACACCAGAACUUUUAUGCAUGGAGGAACUUUGGAAAAGACAUAAAACGUGGAAAUAUUUUAUUAAUCUAACAGGGCAAGAAUUCCCGCUGAAGACAAAUUAUGAACUAGUGAAAAUUUUACAGGCCUAUAAUGGUGCUAAUGACGUAGAAGCCACUGUUAAACAAAACCUUGGAAGAUGUAGAGGAAUAAGCAGAACCCGUCCCCCUCACGGUAUUCGAGUAACUAAGGGUGCGGUCCAUGUAGCCGUUACCCGGGGAUACGUUGAUUAUGUUUUACAUGACCGUAGAGCUCGUGAUAUUUUAAAAUGGAUGAGUUACUCAUGUUACAUACCAGACGAAGCGUUCUUUACAACGCUCAAUCAUAAUCCACAUUUACACGUGCCUGGAUCUUAUAAAGGUUAUCCAGAAACUAGUCCAAUGUCAAACACGAAGAAACCAUAUUUAGCUCGUUUCAAAAACCGGCUAAAUUCCCGGAUCCAUCGAUGGCCGUGCCAUGGAAAAUGGGUUAGGAGCAUGUGCAUCUUUAACUUCAAGGAUCUGCAUACACUGUCGACACGUAAAGAACUGUUUGCUAAUAAAUUUCAUCUUUAUGAUAAUCCUUUACCAUACGCGUGCAUGGAGGAAUUGAUAUUUAACCGCACACGUGACGAAUUUCAAGGGACAAGAACGUUUAAUGCGAGUUGGUAUUCAACCCUUGGUUUUGUUAAGAGACAUGUUUAAUAAUAUAAUGUUAUUAUUAUACAUUGUUGAGUACAAUAUUGGACGAGGUCAAAGCUGUCAAGCCCAUAUUGAACGAUGCACUAGCAUACCACCAUUUUUCUGACAUUUUGACAAGGAAUUACAGUUGAGUUCACACUAAAGGUUACACAAAGUGCACUGGGAGUGCACUAGAUGUGCACUUCUAGUGCACAAGACCUUUUAUUGUGUCGCCUUGAA